AUGGACUUCAGCAAGAAAUGGAAUGAGCACCUUCGGCGGUCAUCGGCCAAAAAAAUCAACUGUCCCGACUGCAGCGAGGAUCCUCAAUAUGCCUAUGAAACAUUCGAAAAACACCAGUAUGAAAAGCACUACGAAACAGUCCACGUCAGGUCGCUGAACGAAAAGAGCACCGACAAGGAAAAGAAGGAGCUGAUAUCCACUAAGUGGAAAGAAGCCCCCCCAAUAGAGAGAGAGGCGAGCAAACCCGCCAUACGCAACUUGGAUCCCAGUUCAAAAGAUGCAAAGGCCGUGCCAUCCUCCACACAUACAUCCAAUCAGAGGCCGUUAGAUCCAGACUCUGGUGCUCCCGGACCGGACCGACCCAGCAGGAGAUCGACUCCGGAUUCAAAAAGCCAACCAUCCCGAUCCCGCAGCCCUUCUCCCCCAAAGAAAUCCAAGGCUCGGAUAGAGCCCGACCGAAUUGACCGACGACCUCCUGCCAAGGGCACCCUUUGGACGCCCGAUGCCGACCUCACAGCCUCUCAACGUCCUUACGACAAAUCCAAUGUUGCUUCAAGAGUUUCAUCUACUCCAACAUCCAAGCCACCACAUCGCCAACCACGCACGUCGACAUCACGAAGCUCUACUCAAGUUGAGGAAAAUGACCCGACGGAACUGAUCAAGCAACCUGAAACCAGGCCAAUCUCCCAGGACCAACUGGUAGCCGAGGUGAAAGGAAUCUACGCCGGGCUGGUGAUGGUGGAGAGCAAAUGCAUCGAGGUUGACAAUGCCCAAAACUCACAAAAUGACCCAACAAACAAACUCAACAACGAGCAAUGGCAAGCCUUGAUCGCUCUCCACAGGACCCUGCUUCACGAACACCACGACUUUUUUCUCGCUUCUCAGCACCCUUCUGCGAGUCCUGCCUUGCGGAGAUUGGCAUCGAAGUAUGCCAUGCCUGCACGCAUGUGGCGGCAUGGUAUUCAUUCGUUCCUCGAGCUGCUUAGACACCGGCUGCCAGCGAGUCUUGAACACAUGCUGAUGUUCAUUUACCUCGCAUAUUCAAUGAUGGCUCUUCUCUACGAAACUGUUCCGGCUUUCGAGGACACCUGGAUCGAAUGCCUUGGUGACCUUGGGCGUUACAGGAUGGCCAUCGAGGAUGACGAUAUCCGGGACCGGGAAAAUUGGACCGCCGUGAGUCGUCACUGGUAUUCCAAGGCUUCUGACAAGGCUCCAACCACCGGGCGGCUGUAUCACCACUUGGCCAUUCUUGCUCGUCCCAAUGCGCUUCAGCAGCUCUAUUACUACACCAAGUCCCUUUGUGUCGCGAUUCCCUUCGGCUCUGCUCGCGAGAGUAUCAUGACCCUGUUCGACCCAAUCAUGGCCCCGACUCCCAAUCAGCAGCAAUCGAGGCUCUCGGUUGCCGAGUUCGCAUUUGUCAAGGUCCAUGCCAUCAUGUUCAGCGGCAAGCAGAUGGAGAAGCUGCAUUCAACCAUGGAUGACUUUCUUCAGUCUCUGGACAGCCAAAUCACCCGCUCCAGCCGCAAGUGGCUCGAGGCUGGCUACCACAUGGGCAUUUCCAAUUGCUGCGCUGUGAUUGGCUACGGAAACGAAGCCAACCCAAUCUCGAAGUCAUUGAAGCAAAGCCGUGGUGCCGAUGAAGAAGCCCAAGAUCAGUUGAUGGCAGACGGCGAUCUUGGUUCUCCUGUCCCUGAAGACUUGGCCAAUGCGCUCAAGCUCUUUUCUCAAACCUACGAUAUCGUCGCGCGCAGGGAUGGCGACCCUAACAUUCUUCCAUUCCUUCAUGUGUCUCUGGUUUUCAUUUACCACCUUACGUUCUUGCCCGAGGCCAUUCAUUUUGUGGCACCUUCAUUUCCUUGGAAGCGGACUGCGUUGAUGAUGAAUACGUUGCUUGGGUCUUGCAAGAACUAUAGUCGCAUUGAGGAAACCGUUCUUCCCAGGUCUGAGUCUCGAAGACCUUUGCCAGAGGACUAUGCCAUGCGGGGCCUUGCUUGGGCGGACAGAGUUUCUCCCAGUGAUUGCUUCUCGAACGAGAAGAUCGACGAUGACGAAAAGUAUUUUGAAGUUGCUUCCAUGGCCGAGGAGCGCAAGGAGCGUGUGCUGUGGCUGGGACACAAGAUCGCAACCUCCAAUCCUAGAUGGCUGUGGUAUAAUUCGUCAACCCAUGAGUUCACUGUUGCCCCUGAGUAUGAGACAGAGGCAAAAGGGACACCAAUGAGCCCAGUGGAGAGUGUUGAGAUGGGAGAGCUUCCUGAUGCUGCUGCCAUCACCUCUUGA